AUGGAAUAUACUGUUUUGUUCGAGGAUGGCUGUCCUACGGAUGGGUGGACGAACGAAGAAGAUGGAAAGUUUGUUGGUGAAAAGAGUCAGAAAGAAAAUAAUAAAGGCAAUUUUGAUGCGGUUCAUCAGCUCCAAAAAGAUCAUCGACAACGGUACCGUCUGAGGUACGGAGCUAUUGCCACUGCUAUGGAACGAACGGAUUUGCAGCGCAAAAUUUCAGCAGAUUCUACAGAAGGAGCUUCAAAACCGCCGUUUAAGCGGGGGCACAUUCGACGCAGUUCUUAUGAAUCAGCACAAAUUCAGUUUAACCAUCGCCCAGCAUUAUUGGGCUCAAAAAAGGCUUUUAGUUUGAACCGACUUAAUUUAUUUGGGCGACGUUCAUUGAGGUUUCUAGGAGAAGGGUUUUUGGAAUAG